AUGGAUUACUGCUUCAGAUCUCUCACCAGAAUUUUAACUUCCACCAUUUUUCUGGCCAUCUUGCUUUCUUCAUUCAGCUUCACUUACACAGAAGCUUAUUAUGCACAAGACCCAGAUGGAAACAUUACAAUCAAGUGGGAUGUUAUUAGUUGGACUCCUGACGGUUAUGUGGCCUUUGUUACAAUAUACAACUUCCAGAAAUACCGUUACAUUUCACACCCUGGGUGGACCUUAAGUUGGAGUUGGGCCAAAAAAGAGGUUAUAUGGUACAUGUUUGGUGCUCAAGCCACUGAGCAAGGAAACUGUUCAAGCUAUACAAGUGCAACAGGAAUACCACAUUCCUGCAAGAAAACUCCAACUACUGUUGAUUUGUUACCAGAUGUCCCUUAUAACCAGCAGGUUGCAAAUUGUUGUAAAGGAGGUGUUAUGAGUGUACGGGGCCUCGAUCCUGAAAAUUAUAUCAGCUCAUUCCAGAUUACUGUUGGUAACACUGGAACCACCAACUACACGAUCAAGGUCCCUAGAAACUUCACGUUUCUUGAUCCACACAAUCCUGGCCACACCUGCGGGCCUGCUAUCGUUGGUAAACAAACAAAGUUCAUUACCUCGGAUGGAAGAAGAGUCACUCAAGCUAUUAUGACAUGGAAUGUUACAUGCACAUAUUCACAAUUUCUGGUCGGGAAACCUCCUCCUGCUUGUUGUACAUCUCCCGUUCGUUACAUAAACGAGACAUUUGUACCUUGUUAUUCAUGUACAUGUGGAUGCAAAAAUAACGUUUCUCACCCAGAAAGUUGUGUGAAAGACUCACCGUAUUUUAAUGGUGAUAACUGUGUGAUGCCUCCAUCUAUGCCUCCUUAUUCUCCAUAUCAGAAUCCCCUAAAUGCGAGCACACGUUUAAGCUUCGCUUUUCUUACGUUGUUAACGAUGAGUUUGUCUGUUUUCUUUGUUUUUGUUUAUGUUUGAGCACCCAUUGAUGAUUUUACGCAUACAAUUCAUCUUUCAUAUGUUGGUUAAUUCACCUGCUGGUCACAUUAUUGUUAUUUUGAAAUAUUGGUCAUUGAUGUUGUUGAAUAUUA